UAUCACGCAGACUGUUAGAUAUAGUGCGAAGGAGUUGACGUUGGAUAGUUCACUACAAUAAUUUGUGGUUAAUAUUAAAUAAUAUUAUUAGUUUUUUAAGUAUUAAAUCAUUAUUUACAAUAAGUACAUAUUUUUCAAUACAAUAUAUAUAAAUAUAUAUUACAAUCAUAUAUGUCUUGUUUUUCUUGUUAAUUUUUAGGUGAGACAAAUCCAAAAUAAUUGGAUGAACAUGAAUUUCCAAUGUUUUAUUACUGGAAUUAUUUGAUAAAUGCUGAUAAUAAUCAAUGGAGUUGAACAAUUUUCAACAAAACUUACUGAUACUAUAUUGUAUCAGAACAAAAAAAACCAUCUUAUAAAAAUAAUUAAGGAUGGUGUUACUAGUGCGAGGCGUGGUUCAGGACGAACCCCCGCCGGACACGAGGACGCUGUACCUCAACCACCCGGUACUCAGAGAUUCCGCAUCGCAACUGCUCACCAUCUCUACAAAAGUCGUCGGGCCCAUAGGGCUCCUUUACGUGUGCCAACGGGAGAUGGCAGUGACCGUACCGCAUGACAAAAACGUUUCGAUCAUUGGUUCCGAUGACGUUACCACUUGCAUAAUUCUCGUACUCCGACAUACCGGUUCCGGUGCUGUAGGUUUUGCUCAUCUAGACGGUUCGUGUACCGAGGAAUGUGUGGUGAACAUGGUGCAUAGAAUCCAAGAGCUGUCCAUGGGCUUCCCGGACGGCCGGCUGGAAAUGUCUCUGAUUGGCGGAUUCACUCACGUGUUGCGUUAUGGCGAACAAGUGUUUUAUAGUCUGAUGGUUGCUGUUCACAAACAUCAAACUGAAAUCGAACUUGUGCUCGCGUGUGUUGGGGAACUCAACACCAUUAUGCGGAACAACGUCCACUGGCCGUUGCUUUACGGAGCGGGAGUUAUGGUCAAGAGCGGUGAAGUGUUUCCGGCCAACUUUCCGGACAAAGGGCCCGAACAACCUUUGAGGCUAGCUCGGCUGUUCACAGGCCUGCAACCGGUGUUGGACGUGUAUGACUGCAGCUUGGGUCUCUUGAGAAUCGGACCGUUCAACUACGAGCCUAUGCGCAGUGUCGACUUGUGGCUCCAGCAGUCUGACGAAUUCAUUCUGCAAGCUUUGUCGACUACGCCGGACGUAGAACCACCGCACACAGUCAUGGCCAUCCGAGCGUCUCUGAAAUACGUCCAAGAUCAUCCAUUUCCAGCGGUUACUGUGUUCAGGGAUAAUCGACCGUUAUACUAUAGACGAGAUGAACACUCUGGCACGUGGACUCCAUUUCGCUAUUAAAAUAAUACGAAUCUCUAUCUCGACAAUCCAACGAUAAAACGGAAGUGCCAAAUCAAUGUUUGUAAGGCGUCGACGAUUUGGUAACAUUCAAACGUAAUAUAUCAUUGACAACAAAUUACCAGUGUUAGUUUUUUUAAUAUUAACUAUUAUUAUUUAUAGAACAUUCCAUUUCGUUUUGCCCUAAUCUUGUGUUUUAUAAGCUGUUCAUUUUAUUUUUUUAUUUGUAAGUGCCUUUAUAGUUAAAUUAAAUUUUUUAAAAACUGUUUUUAUAAUUUUUAGAAGCUAAUGGAGAACUUGAAAACAAUUAAGUAAACUAUAAUAUGUAUUAAGUUUUAACUGUGGUAAUAUUAUAUUUUAUGUUGUACGAUGAAAUAAUCAAAAAAAAAAAAAAAAUACAAUGUUUAUUUAUUUUUUUAACAAUUGUUUCAUACAUGUGAAUUUUAAUCAAAAUGAAUGUUAAGAGUACAAUAAUUAUAUUUUUUUAUCAUAAUUGA